AUGGCCUCAUGUCCAGCUAACUUUGAUUGGGCCAGAAAUGCUGAGGGCAUGGAUCCAUGUGAAGUCGCCACACGUCUCAAAGCUGUCUGUCGACAAGACCCAGCAUUAGCUCCUAUCUCGCCGGGCCAUUCUUAUAGUCCUCCAACAGCCCAGGACCAAACGCCCUGCUCUUGUUCUUCUCCAGUCUACUACCUCACUUCUGCCUGUGCCGAUUGCCAGGGUGGUUCGUUUGGCAGUUGGAGUAAUUGGGCAACUCGAUGCACAAAUCCUUCCGUUAAUUUUUUCCCCAGACCUGCACCAAAUGGUGUCACCAUUCCCAACUGGGCGUAUCUCGACGUUGGGACUAAUCCUACUUUCAAUCCUGCUUUUGCCAAGUCAAUCUCCCCUUCUCCACCGCCUCUGCCAAACACACCGAGGCCUACGACUUCGAGUGCUCGCCCUCCUCAGAAUACCCCGAGGCCAGAUCCUACUACGUCUUCGACACAAGCACCACCAGCAUCUACACCGGAUUCUAACCCAGAUUCGCCCAGCAAUAUUGCCAUCUCUUCUCCGACCAAUUCUGGUUCAGACACCACGUCCAGCGACAUUAGCACAAGCACCGAUACGGAAACGAACACCAAUACAAGCACUGGCAGUGCCAACCAAUUAAAUAUCCACUCAACGGCAAAUCAAGCAUUAAGUGGCACUUCUGGUCAAGCUACAGGCUUGGCCAGUGACAGAACCCUCGCCAACGCUGCCUAUUCUACAGAUGCCCUGACUGGCUCUAUAUAUACACAAAUUGAUCCCAGCAAACCUACUGAUAGUUCUGGAAAUCCUAUCGAUACCGUAUCCGGUUCUUCGAAAAAGAGUAACGCAGGUGCCAUUGCUGGAGGAAUUAUUGGUGGCUUGCUUUUCCUUGUUAUUGUGUGUAGCCUUGUGUAUUGGCUAAUCAUGCGUCGCCGCCGCCGGUCUCGUAUAGCACCUUCGACAGCUUACUUGGCGACCUACGGUUCUAAACGGCCAGAUUCUUCAAUGAGCAGCCGACCGCUAGCAGAUCACUCUACCUCAGUGUUGGAUCUGGUUCAAGGACACGCAGAACGAUAUUCUCCCUAUCGAGACGACGACGAAAUCCGCGAUAGUUCAGCCGCAAUCAAUGGCACUACCUCACAGGUCCAAUUUACACAAGCCAGGGCAUCCAGUAUCGAUCAUUACCAGCGUCCAGAUUGA